GAUACCCGGAGUUCAAGAACAACAUUCUGAUAAGGCAUUACAGAGAUGGAGGUAGAAUGAAGUACAGGCACAAAUGUAACGUAGAACAUGACGGCCUGUUUCUCAAUCUCACCCUAGAGAAACGCCCCUGUCUCAAACAUUAACUCCUUCCAUCCACAGAGACAGACCAGUUGAGACUCAUUUUGUUACCUCGCCUAAACUUGUUUCCUCUACUUUCCCCACCUGGAUUUUUUUUUUUUAUUACCGUAGAAAACAGACGUCAUAUGAAGCUUGACACAACAUUCUGAUAUUAUCCCUUAUCGACAUCAUUUCUAACGGAGUAGAAGACACGCCCAGUACUAAUAUACAGUUCAUUCCUCCUCCACUGGGUCAAAGUCCCCAGCAACUAACAAAAGGCUACACCGGAUCUAAAGCUCGAGCGAUUUCACUUCAAAGCGAGAAAAAAACUUUCUAUUUCUUCAACUGAUGGAUAUUCUGUUCAGAUGCAGCCUUUUCGUCCUCCUGGCAUACUUCUUCACUCUGGUUCCUGUGACGGUAGAAGGACACAGUGGAAUGCGGAGAAGGCAGAAAAGAGAAUGGAUCCUCGCUCCCAGAAACCUUACGGAGGGACAUGACUACACUACUUUCAACUUUAUUGCUAAAAUUCGCUCAGAUAAGGAGACAUCUCAGAAAAUAAUAUACUCUUUAACUGGUCCUGGGGUUGAUGAAGACCCAAAGGGCAGAUUCGCUGUUGACCGGGAUACUGGCUUUGUUAGGGUCUUUUCUAUUCUGGACCGAGAGGAAAUUGCACAGUAUAAGCUUUUCGGGAAGGCACAAUACCUCGAUGGCCGCCUUGCUGAGAAAGAUAUUGCUCUCCUAAUUAAUGUUGUGGAUAUAAAUGACUGCACUCCUGUCAUUAAGGCGCAGCAAGUUGGACAAGUCAGCGAACACAGCAAACCGGGUACCAUUGUCAUGAAAGUGAUAGCUACAGAUGGCGAUGAAAAGAAUUCUGAACACUCCCUGAUCUCCUAUAGCAUAGAUGCACGCAGCAACAUUGGCAGGAUGUUCGCCAUCAACUCCCAAACAGGAGAGGUCACAGUUGUAAAGACCUCUCUAGAUAGAGAAACCAAAGACACAUAUAAGUUGACCAUUUUUGCUUCUGACUUGGGAGGCAGACCAGGAGGAAACACAGGGACUGGUGAAAUUGAGAUUAAUCUCACAGACAUUAAUGACAAUAUUCCAACUCUGUUAAAAGAAACGUAUGAGGGAAGUGUGGAGGAGAACACAGUUGGUGUUGAAGUUCUAAGGAUACAAGCGGUUGACCUGGAUCUGAUCAAUACAGAGAACUGGUUUGCUAUGUACGAAAUCGUUUCAGGAAAUGAGGGAGGAUAUUUCACAAUCACGACUGAUAAAGCAACCAACGAGGGAAUCAUCAUGACUACUAAGGCACUGGACUAUGAAGAAAUACAGACGCUAAAUUUGGCAGUGAAGGUUAAAAAUGAAGCAGAGUAUAACUUCGGGAGCAGCAUGUCUAUUACAGGAGCUUCCCAGUCAAAGUCGUAUCCCAUCAAAAUAAAUGUCAUCAAUCAGAAAGAGGGGGCCCGAUUCCACCCCAGUGUCAAAGUGGUGACCGUCUCUGGGGAUAAAACCUCCAUCUCCUUGAAUAAGACCAUAGUAACGUACGCUGCUAUCGACAGUGACACGCAGAAGACAGCCACCAAUGUCUGGUAUGCAAAGUCGGGUGAUAAAGACAACUGGUUGAGUAUUGAUAAAAAAACAGCCGAAAUCCGGUUGAAUAAAUAUCCCAACCGAGAGUCUACGUCUUUGGUCAAUGGAACAUACUAUGUCAAUAUUUUGGCCAUUAGCAAUGAGACUCCAUCAAAAACUGCAACAGGGACCAUUGCCAUUCAGGUAGAGGACUUCAACGAACACUGUCCAACACUGACCUCAACAACUCAAACCAUGUGCUUUGGUGAUAAUGUCAUUUACGUCACUGCAGAGGAUAGAGAUAUGUUCCCCAACUCAGCACCGUUUGACUUUACUAUAGUUCAAAGCAACAGCAAAGAGAAGUGGAUCAUGGAGCCUUUUAAUGAAACCACAGUCCUUCUUCGAGACCAGGGAAACCUAUGGCCAGGCACCUACAAGGUAUCCCUGAAUGUCAAGGACCAGCAAGGAAAGUCAUGCGAUGCUCCCCAGAUAAUGGAGGUAAUGGUGUGCACAUGCCAUGAAACCACCAAGAGCUGCUUGUUGCGCAAAACAGGCAAAGCUGUUUUUGGAGCUGGAGGUAUCUUGCUCAUGCUGCUGGGACUGUUGCUUCUUCUAUUGGUUCCCCUUCUUCUGCUGGUCUGCCUCUGUGGAAGUGCAGCAAGAAAUUUUAAGGCUAUUCCCUUCGAGGCGAAAGAACAUCUCAUCUCAUAUAACACUGAGGGACAAGGAGAAGGCAAGGACAUCCCUCUUCUCCAUGUCCCAGUCAAUGUUGAUGGUGGCACAAUAAGUAAAAAGGACAUCAACAUCUCUGGGGGACGAGGCCUUGAUAAUUUGAUUGUUAACCCAGGGGCUGCAGUGGGUGGAGGAAGAAUCUUGACAGCAGAGGACAUGCGUUUGUACAACAAAUACAAUUACUCCACAGUCCAAGAUGGGUUUGAUUUUAGGGGUGCAGGAACAAUAAGGGGAGAAGACAUGAGCAUCUCCAAAUACAGAUUUUCAGCCUUUGAUGGAAUGGCUUUGCCAGACCAUUAUCUGGGACAAUACUAUUCAGGUAAAUCAAGUCAAGGCUUACAGCAACAUCAGGAGAAAGAUGCUGAGUUGAUCUACGAUUACGAGGGCCGUGGCUCACUGGCGGGUUCUGUGGGUUGCUGCAGCCUCCUUGAAAAUGAUAACGAUCUUGCCUUCCUUAAUGACCUGGGGCCAAAAUUCAAAACCCUGGCUGAAAUCUGCCUGGGGACAACCCUGGAGAGCACUUCGGUGGAUGCUGAGGUUUCUGAUCUCCCAAACCAAAUGGCGUCCCCAAUCAGGCCCUCCACCUCGACCCACACACAUAUCCAUACUCACACGGAAACAAUUAGAGACAGAGACCACCUGAAUCUCAACACCAUUAAUAUCUCCAAUAAAGCAGCUGGGUCUUCUACUAUCAUUCAAAAGGAACACAUUACGGAGACCUCCCAAGGUUCAGCAACUCUUCCCAAAGUCCAGGAGACAGUUGUCAUCCCUAACCAAACACUGCUCAUACAGCAGCCUGCCAUGUACUACGCCGCUACCCCCAUGUAUGUAGUUGAGACCAAGCCCCAAAUGGUGCUUGUGUCAGGGGGAACUCAGCAGGUGGUUGGUCAGGUGGGUCAAGCUGGGCUCAGUCAAGGGUUAAUACAAGUUGGAGGCCUCCAAGGUUCUCAGGGUGUAAUGCUUGUUGAAGGGCAGGUGGAAAUAAAUGGAGCACCUGGGCAGGUAGCACAGGGCCUAAUACAAGUUGGAGGCCUCCAAGGUUCUCAGGGUGUAAUGCUUGUUGAAGAGCAGGUGGAAAUAAAUGGAGCACCUGGGCAGGUAGCACAGGGCCUCUCACAGGGAACAGUCUCUAAAUCCACUGAAGUUUUUGUAGUUAAGAAUGGGUCCGCGGGUGGAAAGCACAGUACACAUUACACGCAGAGCUCUCGCGAAAUACCGCAGAGGUCUUUAGUGGCAGGCUUGGAGAUGGGAGGUAAAGGAGUUCACGUGAAGUCGUUUUCUGCGGGCUCACAUGGUUCCGCAGGAUCAAAGGAAGAAUUUGCACUGAGUACCACACCCAGGUUCCAAGGCCAGAGGGUUGUUGUGGAGCAAAAAAAAGUCUUAGUGACUGAGAGAAAUCUCGAGUCGAGCACAUAAAUUGCUCCCUUUUUUUGCUUAUUUACUGAGGUCAAAGAUCUAAUGACUUGUACAUAUAUUCUUGUUGAUUUAAAUACACUACAGCAGAAAUAGAUUUAAAGUAUAAUAAAACAGUAAGGAUUUGAACUGCUUAGCUUUCGGCAUUAAUUAGACAUUUGUUAGCAAAAGUUAUGCUUUAUGUGACCCACUUCAUGAUUUUCUUUCACUUUAGGAAUGAUUAAUAGAUGCCGAACGAUAGCACUGAAAAUCCUGGAUUUCUGUAAGUAAAGAAAAAGCAAAAUAAAACAAUUCAAUACUAAAAUAGUUUACAUUUGUGACUUCAUUCCCAUCCUAACUUCCAGUGUACUGAGUACAAGUUUAUAAGGGAGAGUUGCACAGGAUUAUGUUUUCCCUGAAGAUUACAUUUUUCUGAAAAAAACAAAUUUUACUACAUUAUUAAAGUGAUGCACAAAACGAUAAGUGCCAAAUUUGUAAUAACAGUUCAUCACUGAGUUAUGUUUUUUUUUCUAAGGUGUUGUGUUGUCAUAUCUUUUUCAUAAAUAUAAGUAUCGUACACAUGUAUUUUCACAUUUAUUUUUAUUUAACUAAGCAAUUUGCAUUUUAGAGUAAAGAUUUAACCAAGUAAUUUGUAUUUUUUAGAAUAAUCAAGGCUUACAUUGCCAAAUAUUUGUCAAUGGUGAUAUGGUUUCUUACUGCUGUUGCUGGUUGUUUUGUUUGUACUUGUUUGGCUGUUGGAGUGUUGCACUGUAGCUAAAUCGGCUUGAAAAUGAAGAAGUGUUUCUGUUUUAUUUGCACCUGGUAUCAUUAAAAUCACUAGAACUUGAUAAUUUCUUGAACCUAUAAUAAAAUUCAUAUAAAGCAUUUUGUCAUAUGACAUGAUCUACAGUUUUAUAUGUUAUCUUUAAAUUAAGAAUUGUUAUUUUAUGCCUAAAGUUGGGAUUUAAUUUGAGAGUGGCGGAUUCGGAUCACAUCCAAUAGAAUGCUGUUCUUUGUUUUUUAAUAAAAUAUUUUCAAUCAA